AUGGCUCAGCAGGCCGGAGGCACGAUUCGAAGAGGACCUACUAGCUGUGCCAUCUUGACUACAUACAAGAUAGGUAUACACGCACCGGCUAUCUCCAUUGACCGUACUCUGAAAAAGCUUCAGCACCAGCCAAGUCCUUUCCAGAAUGUCAUCGGUGCACUUACCAAUCGAGGAUCACAAGUCGAAGCGCCGGCAUGGCCCUCGGCAUCGAAUCCAGCAGUCAAAGACAUUGCUGUGAAAGAUGUCGCAGAGGAGUCAAAGACGCUCUCCAUCGGCUCGCGCAAUCGGGAGACGAUACUGUGGCGGUCGGCCAACAUGACAAGCGAUCUACAGUCUGUUAAUCUGUCCGUGAUUGCUUCAUGGCCCACGCCGGAUUAUGUUGACUCGGUGCGGAGGACGUGUGUGCUUGCGUACGCUGGGACAUUACAAGCCGCAACGACGUUGUUCCUAGGUAGCCACCUGUUCGGGCUUGACGACGUAAGUUCUUGA